CCUCUGCAGCGCUGCGGGUGCCGACAGCCCUGCACCUCCAAGCUGGUCAUGGAGACGCGACCGCGGCUGCCUCACCUUUUGCCGCUGCUGCUGCUGCUCUGCGGUGGGUGUGCCCGAGUGUGUGGCUGCAAUGAGACCCGAAUGUUGGAGAGGCUGCCCAUGUGUGGGAAGGCCUUUGCUGACAUGAUGCAUAAGGUGGACGUCUGGAAGUGGUGUAACCUGUCUGAGUUCAUCGUGUACUAUGAGAGCUUCACCAAUUGCACUGAAGUAGAGACCAACAUCGUGGGUUGCUACUGGCCCAACCCACUGGCCCAAGGCUUCAUUACCGGGAUCCACCGGCAGUUCUUUGCCAAUUGCACUGUGGACAGGCCGCACUGGGAGGACCCUCCGGAUGAGGUGCUCAUCCCACUGAUAGCAGUGCCUGUCCUGCUGACAGUGGCUAUGGCUGGUCUGGUGGUGUGGCGCAGCAAGCGCACUGACCAGCUGCUGUGAGGGCUGUCGGGUGGAAGCCAGUCUUGGCAGGCUGGAAGGAUGCUUCCUGGCACUGUGAGCACUGGUGGAUCCACCACUGUCUGGCCUGCUUCAGGCAUAUUCCAUCUGGUCAUGGCACACUCUCCCUGUCCUGUGUGAUGUGACUCCUGUCCCCUGGCUGGGACUCUGCAUUCCCAAGCUUUUUGUUCUCCCUUGGGCUAGUGGAGAAAUGAGCAAAGUUGUAGCUUUGGAAACCCUCUGCUACUGAGCCCAUCAUUCCCCUAGCGGGGCCUCCUGUUCUCUAGCCAUUUCUUUGUCCUGCCCAGGCUUUGACCUCUCUCCAGCUCUAACUCUGACUCCAUCUCCUGCCCAAUGCCCUCCAUUGCCACACCUGGGUGGAGAAGGCAAGUGAGGUCAUUUAGCAGGUGUUAUAUACAGUGGACCCUAAGCCUUUUGGUGGGAAGACCAGAUAUAUUCAUUGUGGGAAAAUUUGGGGUAGACUCGGGGACCACAGGAGUUACAUGUGACUUAGAGACUUGUCUCUCUGCUUUGUCAGGUUCUGCAGCUGAUAGGGGCUGGAGGGUAUGUAGGAAGGCAAGCCAGCCCCUUGCAGGGACAGGCUCUGCAGGGAGCAUGGGGACCUUCAUCCUCAGGGAGUUCCCUGGGGACCAGGAAUCUGUUGAUAAGUGAUUUGUCUGCCAUAGUCUUUCCUUUCUCUGAGUAAGGACUCUCCCUGCAGUCUAUUUGCUUCAUUUCCAGGAAUCUCAAGAGUUAGUUGCAGACUGUCAGGACUGCUGAGUCUCCUAGAACCAUUUGACAGACCCAGAACCUCUGAAGCCCCCAAGCCCAAGAUGUCACGGCCCAGGGGUUCAGAGCUGCAGUAUAGGGGACUAGGGCCACACAGAAGAGAGGCUUGCCAUCCACUUGCAGGCCUUUUGCUUUCCUGUUUCCUCUCCAUCCUGCUCUGGGUUUGGCAGGGCCCUGGCUGUGGGGAUGUUGGUCCUGAGCAGCUGAACAGCUGGUUGUAGUGCAUCAUCUCUGGGUCUUGUCUGUGCUCCAGCUUCAAGGACCUGUGAGGAUGCUAACUCCAGCAUCUUCGGCCUGAGGGGAUGGUUGGAAGACCCUGAUGCUCUUAUACUUGGGGAGCUCUUAGCCACCACAGCCAGGCAAGAGGCCCUGGCCUUGGGGAUCUCCUGGUGGAUGCCAUGGACUGAAGGUUUGGGUGGCCAGCCGGGCCUGUGCCCUGGGAGUAGUGUGGAGCAGAAUCCAAGGCUACCCCACAAUUCUCAAAGAAGGCCAGGUCUUGGAUGGUCAUGAUCUGAGUGUGGACCAGCUGUGUCACUCCUGGCAUCUCCUGACACUAGAGCCUUAGCCAGUCACCUCUGAGAUAGACAAUGAGAUGGCCUUGUGGGGCUCUGAGAAGUCAGAAGCCUUCAGGAUCAUACUGGUUCACAUAGAGCCAAACACUGGAGUUGGUAGCCUGUCCUGGUGUGUGUGUGUGUUGUGUGUGUGUGCACGUGUGUGUGCACAUGCACGUGCAGUUGGUGUGGACACAGCUGAUCCCUUUGGUUUGCCUCUCCUCAUUGCAGCAUCCCUGGAAUACAGCUUGGGCAGGCUUUUCUUCCGGGUGGCGGUGAGUGGGGGGAGCAGUGGUCACCUUCUGGGUUCUCAGAGCUCCUGACAGCUUCCUUGGGGAGGAUGAGCCUAGACUCACUUUCCCCAAACUCCCAGACUCUGCCUUUUGAUCUGCCUUCUCCUCCUCCCUGCCAGCAGCAAAACUCACCGAGACAGAAGUCAGAGUCCCUGCCCAGGCUCAGAGUGGCCUCCAGUGGGCGCCUGCUGAGGACAGGGUACUGGGAUGAGGUGGUAAGCAGGAGUGCCAUCUUCAGGCAGAGAGGCCAGAAGGUAGAGGGUCUUUGGGACAGUGGUGUCCUGGGGCAGGUCUGGGGCUGCUGCGACAUGCAGGCUAGACAUGAGGUGUGUGGACAGGGGCCAUUCCAGUCUUGUCUUUUCCCCCUGGCUUUGUAGUCUGGGAGUUUUCUUGUCUAAAAAAUCUCUGACAUGUCGUUGUGGUGGUCCUGUGUUUUCCAUUACUUCUUAUAGCCAGUGUGCCUGGCUGCACCAAGAGCUGUGGAGAACACAGACACAUGAGGUCCAGCCUCACUCCGGACUCCCUUCCUGUGUUGGGAGCUGGAUACGCUGGCCCUGUGUGUAGCAAGCAGUACACAGUGAGGGGGCAGGGGUGGGGUCUCGCCAGAGGACUUCAGGAAGCUUCAAAGAGGAAGGUUUGGAGGGAAAUUUUAAAGUGGUGUCUCUAAGGGUGAGUAGGAGGAGUCCAGUGCACAAGGCCACAGUGAGCAAAAGCUUAGAGACAAUGGUGACGUGUGGUGUGGGUGGAGUUUGGGCAGUGUGGGCAGGAGU